AUACUAAAACAACCUUUGCUUUUGUUGCUCUUAGAGAGAUUACAGUGAACCGUGUAUGCAGUGUUGUAUUAUAAACUGGGGUCUUACUGAUGAAGGCAAAUUUUAUUGCAAGUCUUGCCACAAUGUUAUAGAGAGAACUACAGAGGUUUUAACUUCUGAUGUUGUUCCUAACACAAAGAUCCAGUCCAUCUCCAAAGGACUUAGAAAGAGAAAAAAAAUUGAUAAAGGCUGGGAAUGGUAUGUUUGUGAAGGUUUUCAGUGCAUACUCAAGAAGCAAGCAGAAGCUCUGCAAGCUUUAGGAGUGUCUCCACAGAUGAAGGAUGAAAUUCUAUGCAAUUUUUGGAGAUGUUACCUUCAGAAGAGCAAACAAGCAUAUUGCAGCAUGCCAGUUACAGAUAAUGCCUUGAUAUCUGACAUUGGUACAGAUGUGGAUAGUGAACCAGAGAGAAUAAGUCUUCAUGGCUUUUCAUCGUUCUCUGAAAGCGAUGGAGAUUUACAGACAGAAAGCAGCUUUGGACGUGUUUCUUCCAUUGGCAAAGCCUCAGCAACAGAAACCACAUCUGUCUGCUCCGGAUCGGUAGAUGGUGGCUCGUAUUUACUGAAGAGGAAAAAAGGGGACUUGAAGAUGUCCAUGCCAAUGACGCUUUCACUUUGCUAUUUGGCAUUACUCUGGCUGAGAGAACCAGUGACGUUAUCAGAUCUUUUAAGGUUUGUUCUAGAUGGUCACAUUCCUUACUUGAAUGCUUUUCAGUGUUUUCCAGAGGAGAUGAAAUUGUAUGGAGUUGAUCUCAAGAUCUUUCGUGUAGAGUCUUGGCCUGUGUAUGAAGAUGUGCAUAAGAAGAUGUAUGAACUUGCAGCAUUUUUAGAUUUGCCUUGUUUUCCAGCUAUAACUAACAGCUGCUUUCUUCAUCCAAACAUCUUGUGUAUAAAAUAUCUGAUGGAAGCUAACUUACCUGAUGAAUUGCACAAUUGGACUUGUAGAGUGGUUAAAAAGAUCAAUGUUGGAGAAACAGACUUUCUGACACUUGAUCCUGUGAAUAAAUCAACAAGGAAAGUAAAAUAUGAUGUUCUUGCUGCAGCCCUCAUUAUAGUGGUGCUCAAAUUACUAUUUUUACUAGAUGAUCAGUAUGAAUGGUUACAUGCAAGCUUUGCUAGAAAAAGAAAUCAAAAGAACAAAGAAGAGUGCCCAUGGUUUGAUUUCAAAAAAUGGUACACAAUUAUAAAGAAGUCUCUGGAUGUGGAACAGAAGAAAUUAGAUGAAGAAAGAGCCCGGUGUCUGUGGAAAUGUGAAAAACCACUAUUUUAUUCAGCCAAGGAAAAAUACAUAGUCCUUAAGAGAAGACAAACGGUAGUGAACUUACAAAGACAGUUUGGCUCACUGUCUGGUUCAAUGCAAGUUUCUGAAAAGCAAAAACCUUCAAGUUUCCAGUUAAAUUGGGCUGAAGAAAAUACAGAUGGGAUUUGUUUUCAUGGGCAUAUCUUAGAAGGAAUUUUGCAAGAAAAGGAUAAUUCACUUACAACCACGAACACCAAGUAUUGGUUGUGUACAGUUAAACUGUGUAAUGAGAAGAUAUGUGGCCAUCUGACACACUAUAAAGAAUCAGACUUUCCUCAGAGCUACCAGUUUGUGUUAAACCUGUUCUCCUUCCUUCUAAGGGUACCAGCCUCUCUCAUCCAUGAAGAGGUGUGUUUAAUAGAACACAAAUUGUUUAAAACAAAACUCAGGAGAAGGUAAUGCAAAACAAAACAUUCAUGUUGAAGAAAAUGGAAAGUUCUAAAGAUCAUGGAACUAUUGAAUGGUAACUGAAAAAGUUAAGAACUAUGGCCCUAGUCCUUCUACUGGAAACAAGCAACAGACCCUUACACCUGCACAAAGCUCCACUGAUCCCAGCAUGAUGUUGUAUGGAUGCAUCUGACACUGCUGGUCUGAUUGCCAGAUCAAUGGUUUCACCAUAUCUGCGUUACGAAGAACAAUGGGAAACUACAUGAGGGAAGAAGUUACUGAAGCAACAGCUUCCCAAAGUAUACAUUCACUUGUUGCAUUAAAUAGGAAAUGUAUUAAAGUCGUAUUUUGGGGUAUACAUA